AGUGCAAAGAUUGUCAUUGAGAAGCUCACCAAGAACGUAAACGCCACUCAUCUGCGAGAGAUCUUUAGCACGUAUGGCGCUAUACAAGAGCUGGAGAUGCCGAUGAACAAGCACUUCAUGACUAACCGGGGCAUCGCCUACGUGUUGUACAGUCAGGCUAGCUAUGCAGAGGCAGCAAUCGCGAACAUGCACGAGGCACAACUCGAUGGCGCUCUGAUCAGCGUGAGCAUA